ACACCCGCGUCCACGCAGAUAUAAUUUUGAGUGGGUGGACGCGCAUAGGCGCGCGCACACAUCGUCGCGCCGCUUGCGCGCUACAAAAACUGUGAGUGUGGGAGUUGGAGUCAGUAGGUCGAGCUCCUGGUGAGCAGACGAUUGCAAAACUUCGCCGUCUCUCGCCGCGGUUCGCUCUCCAAGAAAUGCCUCGGAAAAUUCUGCUAUUCGCGUUGCUGGCGGCCCACGCCGCACUUCUCUUUGCAGUCGGCGAAGACGAGAUGGGGAGCGGGGAUGGAUCGGGGUCUGGAGAUAGGUGUAGGAUUCCCGACCCGCUGCCCGAGCCUCUGGGCGGCGGCAUCGACACUGCAGGGGACUUGGAACCCCGCUGCCACCUCGCCUGCAUCGAGAAGAUUGCACCGCAAGAAGGAAUAAAUCUGGAGGAUCUGGUGUCUACCACCUAUCCAGUUUGGCCCAUGAUCCCAGAUUCAGCUUUCGAAAAUAACUGCACAAUCUACAAGAUGGUUGAAAUGUGCCGGGAGAGCUGUUCGCUCAUUAAACUUGUUCACUGUCGGAAUAAAUGUGUGAACGAGACUUGCGAUACCCCAGACUCCAGUGCCUGCCAAAUCUGUGUAAGUAACACUCCUCAGAUCUUAAUCCACAACUAAACCUCAGACAAAAAGAGUGUAUAUAUAUAUAUUCAUCAUUUCCUUUUAAUCCUGCAUGCAACUCUUCUUAUUAGAGAAUAGAUGCUUGCAACACUGGCUGCGAGUACCACUUGGCAUGAGCACUAUCGCAGCAUGCUAUGUAAACAAUUUCUUUCCAGGGGUGAUUUGGAGGCCAAAUUCUUCACAUUAUCCGUACUCCGUAGCCAGUAUUCUUAGAAGCAUGUGUUUGCAGGUGAAAUGUCACCUGGGGAAAUGCUGCAUAAGCACUAUUUAUGCCUUGCUUGGCUGAGCAAGCUUGCAGCUAUAUAGGCAUUAAAUCUGCAACUAUGAGCUCAUACCAGUGCUACUAUGAUCAAACUAAAUUUACACCCCGAAUAAAAUUUUCCUCUCUUCUCUUCUCUCCCCCCUCUCAGCUCUUCCCCCAGCUCCGAACGGCCGCCUGGAGCUCGCAAUAGCUGAUGCACCAGACGACGUUUCUCCUCACACCAGUGAUGCCGGACUCUACACGAUGGACCCCAGUGCAGCUGUCCCACAAGAGUCUAACUCCAGUGCAAUACGACACCCCACAAUAAUCAUUCUUAGAGUUAGCGGAAGAAAACAGAAGUACAUUUGGUUGACAAGUUUCGACGAGAUACUCAAUCUCACGGCGUAUGCGUGUGAGGAGCUAAGGUUUCAACUUGGAGCUAUCAACAAGUUUGGACUGGCUUCCUCCAGCUACGGUCCAGACACUUCCCUCAGCGUCGAGGUUUCUGGAGAGUCUCCACCUACUUGUGCGUUCCACCCAGACAAUGUCAACCCUCACAUAGAAAACGUCAACAUGACUGGAUACUGGAAACAUGCUAACGUCAUCGUACACUGGAAGAGACGAGAAAAAGGCUUUGAGCGCCUGGAUCACUACGAGGCAAGAUUCCAGCUGGAGACACCAGAUGAGCAGCCGUACUGCAGGCCAACCAAUCUCACCAAGAGAUUUGACAAGAGGAGUAGUACUGGUGACGACUUAAGAUGGUACAUUUCGGCUGGAGUUGUGGGAGAUGGACCAGUCAGUGACUGCCGCUACACUGUUACGAUCGAAGCAGUGUCCUUGGAUCGCAGUAUAUGUCCAACCUAUCCACCGGAUGUUCACAAAGUCCAUAUCUCUAGCUCAGACACGACGCCAGUUCCGCUGGACCCGCAGUGGAGUCAGGAGUGGGACGACAAGACAGGCAAUUUCACCUACAAGCUGGACUGGAGCAUGCCGGACGACACAAACGUCCAGAGAGCUGUCGGGUCAUUCGAGGUCCUGGUUGAUCUCAUUGCCCCUGACAACACUAGAGAGACUCUGUCCUCCACAGUCUACUUCACAAAUGAAAGCAGUGGACUGGCCUACCAUCACACUCAGAGCGCCAAGUAUGAUGAGAAAAACUUCAAACAUCAGAUAACACUAAAGUCCCAUCCAGGAGACCUCUCCCUGGUUGUGUUAAUCCCUGCCCCGCGCCGACAGACCUUCUCUGCAGAGGCCCUACUACCAGCUCAGGUGGUGGGCGUGACUGCAGAGCUGAUCAAACCGAUCGCAGAGUCCAAGAUUUCCACUGUUACACUGGACAUUGCAGUUGCAUGGGAGGGGGUGGAGGCUGAGGUGGCCUACUAUCAACUGAGGGUGGCACGCGACAAUACAACUGGGUCCACUCCAAUACAUGAACUUCAACCAACUGAACCUACGGCUACCAUCAGUGGACUCAGACUGACACUGGACAACUCCAGACCCUGUAUCUACAUACAGGUAAAGGCAGUGACACAUUUCAUGGCAGAGGGUCCAUGGAGUGAUGCUUUCUGCCUAGAACUACCUCAUUUUACUCCCACUACCAGCACUCUGCCCUCUACUGUGGAAUCCAACGCAGGUGGACAGACAAGCGAUAGUGGAGGAGACGAUAGAGAAGUGGUCUACAUUGUGGUAGCAGUCGUCCUCGUUCUGCUGGUGUGUGUGGUGGUUGUGUUUGUCAUCCUCUUCCUUGCCUACUAUCCUACUCUCAGGAACAGGAAGCAAAGGAGAAUAAGGAGGCUAAACACGGUGUUUAUCCGCAAGACUAGUGAGAAGGACAAGUACAUGGCGGGCAAGCUGGACCAGUGGGAAGUGUACAGCAACCAAGUGGCCAUUCAGAGCAGACUCGGGGAGGGAGCCUUUGGGGAGGUGUACCAGGGACUGUUUGACAGCACCAUUACUGAGAAGAGCAGCGUUAAGAAAUUCGAUGCGAGCAACUCAGUUGUAGUUGCUGUGAAGCAACUGAAAGAUGAUGCAACGGAACAGGACAGACAGAUCUUCCUGAAGCACAUUCUGCAGGCCAAGAAGGUUGCGCAGUACCAGCACCCGCACCUGGUGUGUCUGGUGGGCUGUGUGACAGAGAUGGAGCCUCUCUCACUGCUCACAGAGUACCCCGAGCAGGGGGACCUCCUCACUUACCUCAGGAGCCAGAGAUGGGAGAUAUACCAGUCAAAGCUGCAGAUGCUGGACUACCAGAACGGAGCAAGUGGACACAAACUCCCACACACACUGCCUCAGCACAGCAGCCAGCAGAGCCUCCAGCCACAGGACCUGAUGCUGUUUGCUUCCCACGUGGCAGCGGGACUGGAGCACUUGGCUAGUAUUGGGGUAGUCCACGGCGAUGUGGCCUGUCGCAAUCUCUUCCUGACGGCCGACAAGGUCGUCAAGAUAGCCGACUUUGGUCUGGACGACAUCUCUGAAGAGGAGAAGGGACUGGUGUACAUGAAGGGUGAGCUGGGGCGACUCCCAAUCAGGUGGAUGGCCAUUGAGUCAAUCCGCGACGGAGAGUUCUCGACCUCGUCCGAUGUGUGGUCUUUUGGAGUGACUCUCUGGGAGAUUGCCAGUCUC